AUGAUUAAUUACUCUUAAAACAUAAAGCAAUAAAUUCAUACUCAAACUUAAUAAAAUAUUAUUGAAGAAGACAUUUGUUUUGACAGAUAUGGAGAUCUUACAUUGACAUAAUAAUAAUAAUAAAAUACAAAUAGAAAUUGGAUUAAAGUGUGUCAUAUUGAUUAAUCAACUGUUGGAAAUAAUAUUUUGCUUAGAGCUAGAAUCCAUAAUUCAAGAAUCUAAGGAAAAAUUGCUUUUCUUAUUCUAAGAGAAAAUUGGUAUACAAUAUAAGCCGUUUCUAUAAAAGGAGAUUCUGCUAGUUCACAAAUGCUUAAAUUCAUAGGAGGAAUCCCUCUAGAAUCUAUAGUUGAUGUAGAAGCAGUUGUUGCUGAACCCAAUUUUUAAAUUAAGUAUUGUACAUAAAAGGUAGAAUUACAAAUAAAAACUAUUCGAGUUAUAAGUAGAUCUGCUUCUAAACUUCCAAUUUAAAUAGAAGAUGCUUCGAAAAAAAUUGUAGAUUUUAAUUAAAAUUUAGAAUAUUAAUAUCAAAAUAAUUAACUAUCCUUAAAUUAAAGAUUAAAUAAUAGAGUUCUUGAUUUAAGAACUCCUGCUAAAUAAGCUAUAUUUAGAGUUUCAUCUGGAAUAUCAUUAUUUUUUAGGUAGUUUUUGA